AACGAUUGUUUCAAGUCUCAUAAUACUCCUGUACCGAGUGUGAAAAAAAAACCAGAAAAUAUGUUCAACGUUCAUUUCAAACUGCUAACAAUUUCAUUACUGAUUACCGCCGGUAACAGUUUCUCUAUAGACACUGAUUGGUGGAAACACACGAUUUUAUACGAAAUUUACGUACAGUCGUUCAAAGAUAGCAAUGGAGAUGGUAUGGGCGAUAUUAAAGGAAUUACGAACGAACUCGAUCACUUCGUCGACUUGGGAAUCGAAACGCUCUACUUAACACCAAUCUUUCUCUCGCCAAUGAUUGAUUCAGGAUAUGAUAUAUCAAACUUUACUGAAAUUGAUCCUAUGUUCGGAACUAUGGACGAUUUUAACGAAUUGAUGAGCGAGAUGAAACGUCGGGGUUUAAAACUGAUAUGCGACCUUGUCAUCAACCAUAGUAGUGACGAACAUCCUUGGUUUGUAAGAUCUAUCCAAAGAAUUGAUCCAUACACAAAUUUCUACAUAUGGGUCGAUCCUAAAGGAUAUGAUUCGAAGGGACAGCCCAUUCUGCCAAAUAACUGGUUGAGUGUAUUUGGCGGCAGUGCUUGGGCAUGGAAUGAGAAAAGAGGCCAAUUUUAUUUACACCAGUUCGGCAUUAGACAACCUGAUUUCAAUUUGAGAGAUGUUGAAUUGAAAAAGGAAAUAAAAAAAAUUAUGAAAUUUUGGUUGGACCGAGGUGUGGCUGGUUUCCGACUGGAUGCCGCGGAACAUUUCAUCGAAGAUAGAUAUUUCAGAGACGAACCACUCGCAGAUCCAAAUAAAACGAAAAUUACAUCUUACUUCGACUUGAUUCACAUAUACACGGCUCACUUGAGGGAAACUUAUGAAUUUUUACACGAGCUCAGAGAUUUUACGGACCAAUACACAAUGGGGAAAAGAAAACAACUUGAAAGGAUUUUGGUAUCCGAAGUGUACGCAUAUGUGAAUGUCACGAUGACCUAUUAUGACAAGGGCGAUUAUGCCGUAACACACUUCCCUUUUAAUUUUCAAUUCACCUUUCUGCGUGAUUUCGUAAAUGCUACCUUAUACAACGAUCGUAUACUAGAAUGGUUGAAAAAUGUGCCUAAAGGUGCAACUCCAAAUUGGUUGGCAGAAAAUCACGAUAAUAUGAGAAUCGGUAGCAGAAUAUGCGAAGAGUACAUGGACAUCGUAACCAUCACAAUCAUGAUGCUGCCUGGUGUAGCAUGCGUUUACUAUGGGCAAGAAAUCGGUAUGACGAAUGGUUACGUUCGCCCUGAUCAAACGAAGGAUGCGAAUGCUGGACCCUUAGCUACAACCAGGGAUGGUGAACGACUGCCGAUGCAAUGGGACGAUACGAUGAAUUCGGGGUUCACAUCGAAGGAAACACCGUGGCUCCCUGUGCAUCCGAAUUAUUGGCAAGUUAACGUUGAAACACAAAAAUCCCAAGAAGUCAGCAGAUAUAAUAUAUUCAAAGCACUUUCGCAGAUUAGAAAAAGAAAAACCAUGAAAAUUGGAAAUUUCAAAUCAUACAUUGUUUCUGAAUGGGUCUACGCAUUUACUAGAUCGUAUCGCCGACACGAAACGUACAUAACGGUUUUGAAUUUGGGCAGUGAAAUCGCACCGGUCAAUUUACACGUCGUCAUCAGAAACCUGCCAUCAACUUUGCAAGUGGUUGUGGCCAGUAUUAAUGCAGGCUUUGUAAAAGGGGAUCAAAUUCGAAGUGUACCCAUGUUUCCGAGAAUGUUCUCAAUGAGGCCAUUAUCCGCCAUCGUUCUAACCACCAGAGCUGAAACCAAACCUCCUGUAUUCAGAACGGAACUAAUCGAUCCAAGAAUGAAUAAGAAUUCAACGGAAAUUUGAGAUGUAAAUUUCUUUGACAAUAAACUAAUUAUCUUUUGACAAAAA